AUGACUGACCAAAGAGGUCCACCGCCCCCACACCCGCAGCAAGCCAAUGGCUACAAGAAAUUUCCUCCUCAUGAUAACCAAUACUCUGGAGCCAAUAAUAGUCAGCCAAAUAACCACUACAAUGAAAAUCUUUACAGUGCAAGGGAACCUCACAAUAACAAGCAAUACCAGUCGAAAAAUGGCAAAUACGGGACAAAUAAAUACAAUAAUCGUAAUAAUAGUCAAGGAAAUGCACAGUACUACAAUAACAGAUUCAAUAAUGGCUACAGACUGAAUAACAACGACUAUAACCCGGCAAUGUUGCCAGGUAUGCAAUGGCCAGCUAACUACUAUGCUCCUCAGAUGUAUUAUAUACCCCAACAAAUGGUUCCAGUUGCUUCUCCACCAUAUACACACCAACCACUCAACACUAAUCCCGAACCUCCCUCUACACCUAAAACUACAAAAAUAGAAAUCACUACGAAAACUGGUGAACGUUUAAAUUUGAAAAAAUUCCACGAAGAAAAGAAAGCUUCGAAAGGUGAAGAGAAGAAUGAUGGGGUAGAGCAGAAAUCUAAAUCAGGAACCCCUUUUGAAAAGGAGGCAACUCCUGUACUACCUGCUAAUGAAGCAGUUAAAGAUACGUUAACCGAAACAUCUAAUGAAAAAUCUACCUCUGAAGCGGAAAAUACUAAGAGAUUAUUUUUAGAGCAGGUGAGAUUGCGCAAAGCUGCCAUGGAAAGAAAGAAAAACGGUUUAAUCUCCGAAACUGAGAAGAAGCAAGAAACUUCAAAUCAUGAUAAUACUGAUACAACUAAGCCCAACUCGGUUAUUGAAUCUGAACCUAUUAAGGAAGCGCCGAAACCAACGGGAGAAGCUAAUGAAGUUGUGAUUGAUGGAAAAUCAGGGGCAAGUGUCAAAACUCCACAACAUGUAACUGGAAGUGUAACUAAAUCCGUGACUUUUAACGAACCCGAGAAUGAGAGCAGUUCUCAGGAUGUUGAUGAGCUUGUUAAAGAUGAUGAUACUACUGAAAUUUCGGAUACGACUGGUGGAAAAACUGUAAAUAAAAGUGACGACGAAACAAUAAAUUCCGUAAUCACCACAGAGGAGAACACAGUGAAGGAGACAGAACCUUCCACUUCCGAUAUUGAGAUGCCAACUGUAUCUCAACUACUUGAAACUUUAGGUAAGGCUCAACCAAUUUCUGACAUAUAUGAGUUUGCCUAUCCGGAAAAUGUUGAAAGGCCUGAUAUCAAAUACAAGAAACCAAGCGUUAAGUACACUUAUGGCCCUACCUUCUUACUGCAAUUCAAAGAUAAACUAAAAUUCAGGCCUGAUCCUGCGUGGGUUGAAGCUGUAUCCUCGAAAAUUGUUAUACCUCCUCAUAUAGCCAGAAAUAAACCAAAAGAUAGUGGCAGAUUUGGAGGCGAUUUCAGAAGUCCAUCUAUGCGCGGUAUGGACCAUACUUCCAGUUCAAGAGUUUCAUCGAAAAGAAGAUCAAAGAGAAUGGGUGACGACAGAAGAUCUAAUAGAGGAUAUACCUCCAGAAAAGAUCGCGAAAAAGCUGCAGAAAAGGCAGAAGAGCAAGCUCCAAAGGAAGAAAUCGCCCCGUUGGUUCCGAGUGCUAAUAGAUGGAUACCUAAAUCAAGGGUUAAAAAAACAGAAAAGAAGUUAGCUCCUGACGGCAAAACUGAAUUAUUUGACAAGGAAGAAGUAGAACGAAAAAUGAAGUCUCUAUUAAACAAGUUAACUUUAGAAAUGUUUGAUUCAAUCUCCUCUGAGAUUUUGGAUAUAGCAAACCAAUCAAAGUGGGAAGAUGAUGGCGAAACAUUGAAAAUAGUUAUUGAACAAAUUUUCCACAAGGCUUGUGAUGAACCUCAUUGGUCUUCAAUGUAUGCUCAGUUAUGUGGCAAAGUGGUCAAAGACCUUGACCCAAACAUUAAAGAUAAAGAGAACGAAGGAAAGAAUGGACCAAAGCUUGUGUUGCAUUAUUUAGUGGCAAGAUGUCACGAAGAAUUUGAGAAAGGUUGGGCUGAUAAGUUGCCUGCAGGAGAAGAUGGUAAUCCACUAGAACCUGAAAUGAUGUCCGAUGAGUAUUAUAUUGCGGCUGCCGCCAAGAGAAGAGGGUUAGGUUUAGUACGUUUCAUAGGGUACUUAUAUUGUUUGAACUUAUUAACUGGUAAGAUGAUGUUUGAGUGCUUCCGGAGAUUAAUGAAAGAUCUAAACAACGAUCCAUCCGAGGAGACAUUAGAGUCCGUUAUUGAAUUACUGAAUACUGUGGGUGAACAAUUUGAACAUGAUAAAUUUGUUACGCCUCAGGCAACUCUUGAAGGUUCGGUACUACUCGACAAUCUAUUUAUGUUGUUACAACAUAUCAUUGACGGUGGCACCAUAUCGAACAGAAUAAAGUUCAAGUUGAUAGACGUGAAGGAAUUGAGGGAAAUUAAGCAUUGGAACAGCGCUAAGAAAGACGCCGGACCAAAGACAAUUCAACAAAUCCACCAAGAAGAAGAACAAUUACGUCAGAAAAAGAACAGUCAGAGAUCAAAUUCUAGAUUCAACAAUCACAACCAAUCGAACAGCAACAGAUAUUCUUCUAACAGAAGGAACAUGCAAAACACCCAAAGAGAUAGUUUUGCUUCCACGAAAACAGGUUCUUUCAGAAAUAACCAAAGAAAUGCUCGUAAAGUCGAAGAAGUUUCUCAAGCUCCAAGAGCUAAUAUGUUCGACGCAUUAAUGAAUAACGAUGGGGACAGUGAUUAA